AUGGUUCUGGCGGCUCACCGUCGUGGCGCAGUGGCGGUGGCGCUGGUGGCGUGGAUGGCAGUGGUUGCUCUGGCGGGCGCGGACUUGGCAGCGGACAGCAAGUUGUGCGCGGAGAAGCUGGCUGUGCUGGCGACGUGCUUGCCCGUCGUGGAGGCGACGGCGAUGGUGCGUGCGCCGACGCCGAAGUGCUGCGCCGGGGUCCGGGGAGUUCUGGGUGACAGCAAGAAGUGCCUGCGCGACGAGGCUACAGUGCUUGUGCAGUCACGGUGCUCUUCAAGGCGGGUGCUUGUUGGCGCUGCUCCGGCCCCGGCGACCUUGGGUCCGCGUCUCUCCAGUGCCCAUGGCCGCUGGUGUCCUCCGCCGGGCAGCUACAUCCUCAGUGACCCAGCAGUUGCGUCCUUUCGAGCUCGCUUGGCUCACUGA